CCGGGACGUUGGACCGCCCACAGGAUCGAGGACAAAAACAAUCGGCAUCCCUCUGACAGUGCUGCGCAAACAAGGAGAUCCAAGCGAAUUAAAAAGCGGUUUAGAUAUAUUUAAACUGUUUUUGUCUUUCAAUCGACACGCCAGCUUCAGGGGAGAAAUGGUGUCUCCGGUAACGGUGGUGAAGAGCGAAGGCCCCAAACUGGUGCCGUUCUUCAAGGCAACCUGUGUUUACUUCGUCCUGUGGCUGCCCACCUCGAGCCCUUCCUGGUUCAGUGCCCUCAUCAAAUGUCUGCCCAUCUUCUGCCUGUGGGUGUUUCUGCUGGCUCACGGAUUCAGCUUCCUCGGUGCUCACUCCAGCGCCCGCAAGAUUCUGGCUGGUCUCAUCUUUUCAGCUCUGGGUGAUGCCUUUCUCAUCUGGCAGGAGCAGGGAUACUUUGUCCAUGGUCUUCUCAUGUUCGCCAUCACCCACAUCCUUUAUUCAUCCGCCUUUGGGAUGAAGCCAAUAAACGUGCGCGCUGGCCUGGUGAUCACUGCGGUGUCCGCCCUGUGCUACCUCCUGCUGUACCCCUACCUGUCCGGACCCUUCACCUACCUGGUGGCCGUCUACAUCGCUCUGAUUGGCUUCAUGGGUUGGAGAGCCAUCGCGGGCCUGCAGCUCACCAACGACCUCUGGACCUGGACCAAGCUGUCGGCCUGCCUGGGCGCCAUGCUCUUCAUGGUCUCCGACCUCACCAUCGCCGUCAACAAGUUCUGCUUCCCCGUGCCCCACUCCCGAGCCAUCAUCAUGGCCACCUACUAUGCCGCCCAGAUGCUCAUAGCUCUGUCCGCCGUCGAAUGCCAGGACGCGGAGGUUUCCCGGAAGAGGACGUGAGGUGACGCGGUCUCCAGGAAACACGAGGCUGGGGAGAUGGCUCCAACUCCGGCCUUGAGUGAUCAUGGACGCACCUCACUGCCAGAUCUCAAACCCCCAGUCUUCAUCGUGGUGCGGCGCUCCCACACAAUUGUUAUCAUGGCAACUGAUCCACUACACGACGAUCUCCCUGCGAUCCCACUAGUAUGGUAGUCUCAUAUGUAUCUCUUUAUGAAGAAGAUACCUUAGUAUUUACUCUAGCCUCUCUCGAAUGCAAUCAAACCUUAAAAAAAAUGCUGUGUCUCAACCAAGUUACUAAGAAGGCAAGUGUAGAAUUGAUAUCCUUCUAUAGAACUCAUUAAUUUACUUGCAGCUAAGUUGAUUUAAGGGGAGCAAGUUCCUGGGCACCUUCAAGUAGAGAGAGCAGUUUUCUGCGAGUGUGUGUUUGCAGUUUUGUGAUUGAUUUACACUGUUACCUCACUGUCCAUACAGUGCUUUUGACGCACAGUCUCCAUACAGAUACAACGCCACACAUUUGUACUUUUGAGUGGUCCAUUAAGACAAUUUCUAGUUUUUGCUUUAGUCAUGCAAAUUCUUCCAAAAGGGAUAUUUUUUAUACAAACCAUUGCCCUUAUCUGAGGCUCUAGGUUCCUUUUCAUAGGGUGCUAAUCUUGGAGCUUAAGGCAUGUACAUACUUAUUUAAUGAAUUAUCUGCAGUCCCUUUCAUUUCAUUUGUAACAACUUCUCUUCUUUUUUGUUAAAUAUGCUCUUUACACUCCGACUGAGUCUGCUUAAAUGAAUAGAAUAUUUUUUUUUUCUUCCUUUAAGACACCAUCGAAUAACUAGAUGAAAAUAAGAUGACUAGUAGAUGUUGUUUCUGAAAGCUCGAUCCUUCAGUUUUAGGAUCUAAUUGGUCCUGCAGGUGCAGCAUGUUUCACCGUACAUGCAUCGCCUGUUGAAGUUGCACCUUCAACAGCGCCACGCCUGACACUAACACAUCGUGCUGGUUUAGUUAUUAGGGAGGUUCCUUGCGGGUCUUGUUGUCUGACUCAAUCAGCUGACCCGUGCUGCUAAUGGCCGUGUUAUGAAAACAGAAAAAGAAAGGGCUUUGUAGCCGGCCGGACUCAUUUCAUUGAUAAACUCUGCCGGCAGAGUCUGCAACUAUGAAGGCAUUCGCUCACUCGGAACGACACGCACACACAGAUUUACACAACGCGGUA